AUGACAAUAAUUCGUCUGGCUCUUCUCAUAUUUCUCCAUCUAUUAUACCAUAUUCAACUAUGCUCCUCGAGCUACGGUCAAGUUUGUCUUGGCCUGUGUCAUUGUAUUCGAGACACUGUCGAUUGUUCGAGUCUUGAUCUAGCCGAGAUUCCGACGACGAUUCCGAACAAUACGAGAAUUUUGAUUUUGAGUGAUAAUGAGAUUGAGGAUGUUGAUGGGGUGCGAUUGGAACGAUUUGGUUUUUUGCAUACGUUGUGAGUGAGGGGGGAAAGGGACCACCCACGAAGCCUCCACACGCAACGCAGACCGCGUCGCACAAGGGAACGAUUCAAAUUCCCUCCCUUUUUUGUGUGUGUUGUGGCGCGAGGCGGUCUGCGUUGCGUGUUUAUUUAGCGCGUGAGAUUUUCGAUAAUAAUUCAUAUUAGACUACUGUAGUGUUUGUUGUGUGCAAUUGUGCGUCGUGGUGUAUGUGUGUGUGUACCGCGCUUUUCAAACCGUUUGAAUUUAUUCAAUUUUUUUCUUGAACUUUGGGAAAAACUAUAAGUUUUUCAUAUUUUUUGACAUUUUUUUCAUUUCUGUGUUAUAGUUCUACAUCGACUAAAUGACAUUUUCAUGUUUUUUAAGCAAAUGAGUUGAAAUAUUGGGUUUUAAUGUUAUUCAUAUGAUAGAAUGGUCUAAGACGAACAAAAUGAUAUAAAUUUUGAUGACUUUACCUUAUCCAUAAGUGAUUUAGCGACUUAUCGACUAAACCUCGCUAAAUCACUUAUGGAUAGCGUAAAGUCAUCAAAAUUUAUAUCAUUCUGUUCGUCUUAGGCCAUUCUAUCAUAUGAAUAACAUUAGAACCCAAUAUUUUUAUUCAUUUGCUUGAAAAACUUGAAAACUUCAUUUAGUCGACCUAACAUUCAAUAAAUCCCCCUUUUUUCCCAAUUCCAAGUCUUCCCAAAAAGUUUUUCGAGAAAAAAAGAAAGUGAUCGUAAAUGAUGUCGUAAAAUAAAAUAAAUUAACACCGUUUCGUUUACAAGACAAUGACCAGAAAUCAUCGAACAAAAUUCAAUUUUGAAUUCAAUUUUCCAGAGAUCUGUCAAACAAUUUGAUUCGCUCAAUACCUGCUGAGUUCUUCUCAAACGCUCCAUCAAGUCUUCGAGUAAUCAACUUGCGAAAAAAUCGACUUUCACGAAUUCCCACAGGAUUUUUGGCGAACGUUGAUCGUCUUGAUCUUCGAUCGAAUCUUAUCAACAGCAUCUCGCCGGAUGAAUUCAGCCAACUUGCCAAUAUUCGACAUGUUGAUUUGUCAAGAAAUCUGAUUUCGAAUCUUCCAAAAGUUCCAGUCACUGGGAAUAUCACUAAAAUUGAGAGAUUGUUGGUUUUUUUCAGAUUUUUCGGUGGAAAAUCACGAUUUUUUCAGGGAUCUCGCAUCCAACGCAAUUCUCGACAUAUUUUCCGACACAUUUUUAUCAUUUCAAUCGCUGGUAUCUUUAAAAUUAUCUCGAAAUCGAAUCAGUUCAUUGUCACAAUACGCGUUUUCAAGGCUUUUACAUUUAGAAACUAUGUAAGUUUUUUUGGGCCCCCCCCAAAGGGGGGGAUGACCGUAGUUCCCUUCGCGACGAGACACACACCUUCACAAAAAUCGAUGCGCCUUUAAUUUUGUUAUCAAUUUCGUUGAUUUUUCAUUGAAAACCUCGAAAAUCCGGGAAAAAACCGUAGUUUUUGAAAGGCGCAGCACCCUGAAACACACACUGGGUCUCGUCGCGACCAAAGAACUACGGUAGAUAUUUUUUGCAUUUAUCUGACGAUUUUUUCCAGAGAUCUCACACGAAACCUCAUUCGGGAAGUCAAAUAUUUUGCGUUCAAUCAAUUGCCGGCGCUUAAAAAUGUUACUAUUUCCAAAAAUGAUAUCUACAGGUUGGUUUGGGCCCCAUUUUAUUAUCGAAAAUCUCACGCGCUCCACCGAAAUGAACACGCAACGCAGACCGCGUCGCGCCACAACCAAAAGGGAGGGAAUUUGAAUCGUUCCCUUGUGUUGUGGCGCGGCGCGGUCUGCGUUGCGUGUGGAGCGCGUGGAGUACCGAUGAUAUAUUCGACAUUUUUGGUGCGAGAAAAUAAGAGCGCGGUGGCCGAGUGGUUAGCGCGCGUGCCUAUUAUUGGUAAAGCCAGGGUUCGACCCCCACCCGCCGCACAAAUUUUUAUUUUUUUCAUAUUGCAGACUGGAUGACGGAAUUUUCUACGCUUGCGAAAAUGUUCAACGCCUAAACCUAGCCAACAAUCGAAUCCAAUCUGUCACCAUCGGAUGGCUUUUCGGAUUAACCAACCUGCAACAUCUAGACCUAUCAUUCAAUCAAAUCCAAUCAUUUGACAUUAAUUCAUGGUCUCACACACCAAACCUCAAAUGGCUUAACCUCCAUUCCAAUCGCAUUCAAUCCUUACCAUCUCGAUCAUUUCGUGCUCUUCGAAAAUUGGAAGAACUCACACUUUCCGCAAAUUCAAUCAAUAGUUUACACAAAUUCGCUUUGGUUGGGAUGGAUAAUUUGCAUCGAUUGGAUUUGUCAUCGAAUACUUUAGCUGUUUGUGUUGAAGAUGGUGCUGUGUUAUAUAAUACAUCGAUGCCAUUCUUGAGAUCGUUGCGAUUCACCAAUAAUCAAUUGAGAGUUAUUCCAAGUCGUGCUUUUGAAAGGUUUCCCGCUUUGGAGGAACUUGAUAUUACUGGAAAUCCGAUUGCUACUAUUCAUCCGGACGCUUUUGAACCACUCGAUUUGAAAAGAUUGUGAGCUAAUUUUUUUUGAAAAAAAAAAUAAAAAGAAAACAACGAGACUCCGCGUUGACGACACCGCGCGUGGUUUAAUUUUUUUUUUUCGCGGCAAAAUGGGAUUUUUCGCAGUUGCCAUAUUUCGGCGAAUGAAAAUCAAUAAAUUUUGGACCUGGGACCAUGGAAAUCUAUGAUUUUCUACACCUAAAGGUUUCUAGACUUAAAUUUCAUGAAAAAUAGGCUUUCUUGGAUCCUGAAACGAUUUUUGAGCCAUAAUUCACUACAAAUCAUCAAAUUUCGAUGAUUUUGAUAUGAAAUUCAGGAAAAUUGAUGAAUUUUGGACCUGGGACCAUGGAAAUCUAUGAUUUUCUAGACCUAAAGGUUUCUAGACCUAAAUUUCAUGAAAAAUAGGCUUUCUUGGGUCCUGAAACGAUUUUUUGAGCCAAAAUUCACUGAAAAUCAUCAAAUUUCGAUGAUUUUGACUUACAAUUCAGGAAAAUCGAUGAAUUUUGGACCUGGGACCAUCUGAAAAAUGCAUUUUUGACAAAUUUUAGUCUGGACCUAAAAUUUCAUGAAAAAUAGGCUUUCUUGGGUCCUGGAACGAUUUUUGAGCCAAAAUUCACUGAAAAUCAUCAAAUUUCGAUGAUUUUAACCUGAAAUUCAGGAAAAUCGAUAAAUUUAGGACCUGGGACCAUGGAAAUCUAUGAUUUUCUAGACCUAAAGGUUUCUAGACCUAAAAUUGAUGAAAAUAGGCUUUCUUGGGUCCUGAAACGAUUUUUUCAAAAUUCACUUCAUCAAAUUUCGAUGAUUUUGACCUAUUCAGUCGAUGAAUUUUGGACCUGGGACCAUUAAAAAAAUGGGAAUUUAAACCUUUUUUCUGAAGAGGAAUGAUGUUAAUUCCAUAUUUCUUCAAAAGAAAACUGAUUUUCCUAUGAAAAUAGUGUGUUUUUGGCCGAAAAAUGCUAAAAAAUCAUUUUUCAAUGGUCCCAGGUCCAAAAUUUAUCAAUUUUCCUGAAUUCUAGGUCAAAAUCAUCGAAAUUUGAUGAUUUUGAGUGAAUUUUGGCUCAAAAAUCGUUUCAGUACCCAAGAAAGCCUAUUUUUCAUGAAAUUUAGGUCUAGAAACCGUUCCAGACUGAAUAUUUGAUUUCCAGAUUCAUGAACUCUUCCUCAAUACUUUGCGAUUGUCAAAUAAGUUGGCUGGCUCCCUGGAUUGUUAAACUCAAAUUGGAUCGAUCGAAAAUCAUUGCAAAAUGUUCGUAUCCAUCGGUUAUGCAGAAUUUAGAUGUUAUGGCUAUUGAUAGAUCGAAUCUGACGUGUUGUGAGUGGUUUUUCGGGGAAAAUGAUGAAUUUUGAGUCAAAAUUCAGAAAAUUCUGAUAUAAAGUAUGCCUUUUCACGAAAAGUCAAAAAAAAUUUCACGAAAAGUGAAAAAAUUCACGAAAAGUGAAAAAAUUCACGAAAAGUCAAAAAAUUCACGAAAAGUCAAAAAAUUCACGAAAAGUCAAAAAAUUCACGAAAAGUCAAAAAAUUCACGAAAAAUCAAAAAAUUCACGAAAAAUCAAAAAAUUCACGAAAAAUCAAAAAAUGUCGAAAAAACAUUGUAGGUCAAAAUUAGUUUUUCAAGGUUUUUCAGCCAAAAAUGAUGACAAAUCAAUAUUUUUGAAGAUUCUGGAGUAAUUUCUGAUUAAAAUUGACUUUGGAAUUCACUUUCCAGAAGGUUUUGCUGAUUUUCAUCAGAAAUUACUCCAGAAGAUUGAAAAAUAUCGAUUUGUCAUCAUUUUUGGCUGAAAACCCUUGAAAAAACUAAUGUUUUUUCGACAUUUUUUGACUUUUCGUGAAUUUUUUGACUUUUCGUGAAUUUUUUGACUUUUCUUGAAUUUUUUGACUUUUCUUGAAUUUUUUGACUUUUCGUGAAUUUUUUGAAUUUUUUGACUUUUCGUGAAUUUUUUGAAUUUUUUUUGAAUUUUUUGACUUUUCGUGAAUUUUUUGUAUUUUCGUGAAUUUUUUGAAUUUUUUUUGAAAUUUUUGAAUUUUUUUGAAUCUAAAUUUUUACAGUAGACGAUUCGCCGCGUCCAAAAAUCGUCGCCCAACCCGAAUCGCAAAAUUCAAUAGUCUCCCAAAGAAGUCGAUUCACUUGUAAUGCUUAUGGCGAAGGACCACUGGAAAUUGAGUGGCGAGUUGUGGAAAAUGGUCAAGCCCGAGUUUUGGAUCAAGAUACGGUCACUUUUAUGACGGUGAACACAACUGCAAUCAUCAAUGGCACCAUGGAUUUUCGAGAAUUGGCAGCGGCCGAAUUAAUUCUUGAUAAUGUCACACUUUCUGAUAGUUUAGAAUAUCAAUGUGUUGCGCGAAAUCGUUUUGGAUCAGAUUUCUCGAAACACGUUGAGCUUCAUGUUCAUGAGCCACCGGUUUUCACGAGCACACCAAGUGAUAUGAUACUUUUAACCGGGCAAAGUGCGAAAUUUGAAUGUGCCGCAAUGGGAACACCAUCUCCUACCCUGAAAUGGGCAUUUGAUCGAGGCCUUUUUCCGGCGGCGGAAAGUCGGAGGCUAUAUGUGAUACCUAAUGAUGAUCAUAUUUAUAUUAUGAAUGUUACGAUGGCUGAUGAGGGAGUUUAUUCGUGUCAUGCGAUGAAUCCGGCUGGUUCGAUUCAAUCGAGCGCGCGAUUGACGGUUUUUCGUGAGUUGCGGGAGCAUUUUUUUGCUCGAAAAGACCUAGUUGUCAAGGAUCAGCGCCUAGUGAUUCACUAUGUCUAGUAGCCGCGCCUAGACACUCUGAUUUUCAAGGAGCCGGGCCUAGUGAUUCACUAUGCCUAGUAGCCUCCCCUAGAUAACCUUGUUCUCAAGUCACCACGUCUAGAAACUCUGAUUUGUCAAGGAUCAGCGCCUAGAAAUGCCUAGUGAGAAGGAGCCGCGCCUUGAGAGUCUAUGUCAAGUGGCUGAGUCUAGAAGUCCUAGUUUUUAAGUAACCGCCCCUAGAAAGCUCAAUUGUAUAGGAUCAGCGCCUGGAGAAACUAAGUGUCUAGAAGCGGAGUCUGGUGGUUCACUAUGCCAAGGAGCCGCGCCUUGAGAGAGUCUAUGUCAAGUGGCUGAGUCUAGAAGUUCUAGUUGUCAAGAAGCCACCCCUAGAAAGCUCGAUCGUAUAGGAUCAGCGCCUAGAGAGCCUUGUUCUCAAGUCACCAUGUCUAGACACUCCAAUUUUCAAGGGUCGACGCUUAGAGAUGCAUAGUGAGAAGGAGCCGCCCGUAGAUAGCCUUGUUCUCAAGUCACCACAUCUAGACACUCCGAUUUUCAAGGGUCAGCGCCUAGAGAUGCAUAAGGAGAAGGAGCGGCGCCUUGAGAAAGUCUAUGCCAAGUGGCCACCCCUAGAAACUCCGAUUUUCAAGAGUCAGCGCCUAGAGAGCGUCUAUGUCUAGUGACCGAGCCUUGAGAAAAUCUAUGUCAAGUAGCCGCGCCUUGAGCCCCCACAGCAUUCCGAACUCUUGUUUUUCACAUAUUUUUUAUUUAUUUAUUCAGCAACCCCCCCUAUUUUUUUCUUGCAGAAAAUGAAUUUCGCACAAUCGUCGACCCAAAAAUAGUUGUUAUUCGCGGCGAAUCUCUGGAAAUUGAUUGUUUUUCGAAUCUAAAAAAUGAAACACAAAAAAUGAUAUGGAAGAAAAAUCAAGAAAUCAUAAAAUGGAUGAAAAAUGACGAGCAAAUGUUGCUCGUCGAAAAUGCACAAUUUUCCGAUUCUGGAGAAUAUAAAUGUGAAUUGUGGGCGAAAGAAGCAACGACGCUUUUGGCUGUUCAAGUCACGAAUGUGACGGUGGUUUUGGAGAGUGGUUAGUUUUUUUUUGGAGAAAAAUGAGCCUAAAUAAGCCUAUUUUAGGCCCGAAAAUUUGGAGAAAAAUGAGCCUAAAUAAGCCUAUUUUCGGGCCGGGAAAUUUGGAGAAAAAUGAGCCUGAAUAAGCCUAUUUUUGGGCCCGAAUUUUGAUGAAAAAUGAGCCUGGAUAAGCCUAUUUUCGGGCCGUAAAAUUUGAUGAAAAAUGGGCCUGAAUAAGCCUAUUUUAAGCCCGAAAAUUUGAUGAAAAUAGGUCUGAAUAAGCCUAUUUUCGGGCCUGAAAAUUUGGAGAAAAAUGAGCCUAAAUAAGCCUAUUUUCAGGCCUGAAAAAAUGAGCCUGAAUAAGCCUAUUUUCGGGCCUAAAAUCUAGGCUAAUUCAGGCUGGAAAUUAGGAAUUUUCAAGCCUAAAAUCUAGCUCAAAAAUCCGAAUUUUCAGGCCCGAAAACCUAGGCUAUUUCAGGCUUGAAAUUGAAAUGUUCAAGCCUGAAAUCUAGGCCUAUUUGUUGAGCCUGAAUAUGAAUAAGACUAUUUUUCAGGCCCGAAAAUCUAGGCUCUUCCAGGCUUGACAUUAAAAAGUUCCAGCCUGAAAUCUAGGCCUAUUUGUUGAGCCUAAAUAAGCCUAUUUUCGGACCGAAAAUUUGGAGAAAAAUGAGCAUGAAUAAGCCUAUUUUCAGGCCCGAAAAUCUAGGCUCUUCCAGGCUCUAAAAUCUGAAUUUUCUGGCUUAAAAUCUAGGCUCUUUUAAGCCUAUUUUUCGGCCCGAAAAUCUAGGAUCUUUCAGGGUUAGAAGUUAAAGUUUCAAGCCUAAAAUCUAGGCCUGAAAAUUCGGAUUUUCAAGCCUAAAAAACCCAUUUCUGUUCCAGAAAUCUCAAAAGCUGAUACAAUUCGACAAAAAGCAGCGAAGCUCAAAACAUUUGCCGUAAAAUUUGCAAAAAAUCCCGAAAAUCAAAGUCUGAUUUAUACAAUUGCCAUAAUAUGUUUAUUGUAAGUUUGAUCUCAGAUCUUCUAGAAUCUGGAGUCUAAAUCUAGAAUCUAGACUUCAGAAUCUAGAAUCCGAACUAGAAUUUUUUUGCAGAAUUUCCUUGGGAUUUUGCACAUCAUUAUCCAUAUGUUCGUACACUUUUUGGAAGCAAAAACAACUGCAAAAAAUAGCCGAAGAAGUUUUUGUUUAA